AUGAGAGACGUCGACAACGAAGAGGGAGAUAUCGAUGAUAUCGAUUAUUGGACGAUAUGUUGGAUUUAUAUAGCCUAUGGUAUCAUUAUCUUUGUUGGUAAGAUUGCAGAUCUCAUAGAUAAGAUUAGAGGUCAUCGUUAUUUCAUUACACCAAAGGGAUAUGCACCAUUGUUUGUAGAGUUUGAAUAUUUCUAUCAAAUGCGUUUAUAUAGUAGAAUUAAAGAUUGUUGGGAUAGACCAAUUUGUAGUUUACCAGGUGCAUGGAUAGAUGUAAUGUUGCGUACAAACCAACACUAUUCAGAACCAUUAGAGUAUGUUUUGGUUGGAAUAUUGGAUGGAUUAUUAACUUUUUGUUUGUUCCGCAACAAAUUUAGAAUCACUGGAGAGACAAAGAGAUGUUUAAAUCUUGGAUCAUAUAAUUAUUUGGGAUUCGCACAAAACGAAGGACCAAUUGCAGAGGCUGUUAUUGAAUCGAUGUACAAGUAUGGUGGAUUCACCAGUUCGACACCGGCUGAGGACGGUACCACUGAACCAUUCCGUUUGUUGGAGCGUGAGACUGCCCGUUUCGUUGGAAAGGAAGACGCAUUGGUGUUUGAGAUGGGUUUCGCCACCAACUCUGGUUCACUGCCAGCGCUCGUUGGUAAGGGUGCACUGAUCAUCUCUGACAGUUUGAAUCACGCAUCUCUCGCAACCGGUUGCAAGAACACCGGCACCAAGAUCAAGGUUUUCAAACACAACGACACCAAACACCUCGAACAAGUCAUUCGUGAAUCCAUCAUCCAAGGUCAACCAAAGACACACAGACCAUGGACAAUGAUUCUGAUCAUCGUCGAAGGUAUCUACAGUAUGGAAGGUGAAAUCGGUAAUCUUCCAGAAAUCAUUAGAAUUAAAAAGAAAUACAAUUGUUAUUUAUAUGUUGAUGAAGCACACAGUAUUGGUGCUUUGGGUAGUCAUGGAAGAGGAGUUUGCGAUCAUUAUGAUGUCGAUCCAAAGGAUGUUGAUAUUUUGAUGGGUACUUUCACAAAAUCGUUUGGUUCGAUUGGUGGAUAUAUUGCGGCAGACAAAUCGUUGAUCGACCAUCUCAGACAAUCGAGUUUCGCUUAUCUCUAUGCCAACAGUAUGGCACCACCCUGCGCAAUGCAGGCCUAUCAGGCGCUCAGAGCGAUCGCCGGUGACGACGGAACCGACAUUGGUGCACGCAAGAUCAAGCAGCUCAAGGAGAAUUCCAACUUUUUCCGUGAGCGUCUACGUCAAAUGGGAUUCCAGAUUCUCGGUGGUAAGGACUCACCCGUCGUUCCACUGAUGUUCUACAAUCCAUCAAAGAUCGCUACUUUCUCACGUAUGUGUCUCGAACGUCAUAUUGCCGUGGUGGUCGUCGGUUAUCCAGCGACACCACUCACAUCGCCAAGAGCUCGUUUCUGUCUAUCGGCAUCACACACACGUGAGGAUCUAGAGUGGGCACUCGAACAUCUCGACACCAUCGGUGACCAAAUGAACCUUAAAUUUAAGAAACCAAUAAAAGUUUAA